GCCGUCCCGGGGGUUGUCAGGAGACGGCGCUGCCGCCAUUUUGUGGGGUGUUUGUCGCAGCGGCUGGAGAGGGAAGACGGCGGUUUGGCGACGUUUCCCGGCCAGAGGGCCUUUUGCUUUUGCGGAGAUGCGGCAUUCCAAAAGAACCCACUGCCCUGAUUGGGAUAGCAGAGAAAGCUGGGGCCAUGAAAGCUACAGUGGAAGUCACAAACGGAAGAGGAGGUCCCACAGUAGUACGCAAGAGAACAGACACUGUAAAGCACAUCACCAGUUUAAAGAAUCUGAUUGUGCUCCAUGUGCAUCCCUCUUGAAGCUUCGCACUCUGUUGAAGAGGACACCAUCCCAGUCAUUAUUUAGAAGCAAGGUCCUUGAAUGAGAGAGAUUAUCGGGACCGGAGAUACGUUGAUGAAUACAGAAAUGACUACUGUGAAGGCUAUGUUCCUAGACAUUAUCACAGAGACGUUGAAAGCGGUUAUCGAGUCCACUGCAGUAAAUCUUCGGUCCGAAGCAGGAGAAGCAGUCCUAAAAGGAAGCGUAAUAGACACUGUUCAAGUCAUCAGUCACGUUCGGUAUGAUUGAUUUUGUUUUUAUCUUGGGUGGAUGCUUAUUUGUGUGUAAAAGCUCUUAAGGAGCCAGUAAGUUUGAAAAAGUUUAUGUAUACAUAUAAUAUUAUUUGGAUAUAUUAUAAUUGUUUAUAUUACUGAGUCCUUAAACAUCCAGAUUCUCAUAGCUAAUCUGUAUUUAUUAGGUAGCCUUCAUUUGCCCACGUUUACUCAUUUUCUGCACUGCAGAUCAUGAGUUCUUGAUUUUAAUAUUAAAAAUAUUUUUAAGUUUUGUAAUAUAAUUUUAUGAAAAGAUGAAGCACCCAUCUUUUCUUUCAUCUUAAACUUUUUUUUUUUUUAACACACUUUAAAAGAAGCCCUUUUCCUGAUAGUUGGAAACAAAUCUAGAAUGUUGCACUGGUGGAUACUUAAUUGUUGAUAGUCUCUACGUAGGGAAGUCCCAGAGCACAGUGCGUCAUUGUCCAUAGCUAGUUCCAUCAAAAUUCUGAAAUGGGUGCUGAAUGGAAAAUGCAUUAGCCAAAAGUGUGCCUUUUUUUACACUCAGACAUCUUCACCUGUUUAAUCAGUAAACUUUGAAUAAAUUGUUUUCUUCCCCAAGUUUUCUUCAGUAGAACUAGCUUUGAUUAGAUUGAACACUGAAAUUAACUAGCUUUUAUUUCCCCUUUUACUUUAAUAAUGUAUACUUUAAAAUAUUGCUAAAUAAGCAAUUUCAACUAGUCUUGACAUUUUAAAACCUUUUCCUGACAAACUAGACAUUUCAAUUCACAGCAUAUGCUAUUUUAUAGCAAGAGAUUAGUAGAUCAUGACAUUGCAUUCUUUAAAUUUCAGACUUCAAUUAAAUCAGUAUUUUAAAGAGACAAUUGUGUUGUUUUUUUUCUAUUGCCACUUUAAGUAUCUUAUCUGAAAAUCUGUUCCUUGCCAUGUUUUUCUUCUGUAACAUAAACUGUGCCCUGUGAAUUUCUGGGGACUGAAUUUGAAAUUGCUCCUGCCAACUGUUCGUGGCCUGGUGCUUAUCUGAAUGCCUGAAUAUCUCCCCGCUGAAUGAAUUGCGUAUUCUGCCCUGAAUUCACUCUGAUAUAUUGAUUGGCUGGACGAUCUUGGUGCUGCCCACUUGCCGUUCCAGAAGAGCCACCGAAGGAAAAGAUCCAGGAGUAUAGAGGAUGAUGAGGAGGGUCACCUGAUCUGUCAAAGUGGAGACGUUCUAAGAGCAAGAUGUAUAGAAUAUUUUUCAACACUUUUUUAACUUUGCAGACAGAAUAAUCUUUUUAAGAAUAGUUUGUCAGCGGGGGGCUAAAGAACUCUUCAUUGCUUUUUUGUUUUGUUUUUUUGUGGGUUUGUUUGUUGUUCUUUUGUAUUUCUUCUUUUCUAUAGAAUUUAAAUAUUUCUACUCUAAAGUUCCAAAAUAAUCAAUGGAAUUUGAGAUUAGAGCAAGAAAGAUAGCUCUAUCUAAUUGUUUUUAUAGCAGCUGAAAAUAAAAUAAUUUGAGUGCUGGAACCUUAGUUAUGCUUUGGUAGAGAUCAUUUGAAAAUAUUCCACACUUAAGUAUUCAUUGUUUGAAUAACUAGAUAAUUGGUACUCAGGUACUUACUCCUCUUUCUCCUCCCUUACUUUAGAUGAAAUCGUGGACACUUUGGGUGAAGGGGCCUUUGGCAAAGUUGUAGAGUGCAUUGAUCAUGGCAUGGAUGGCAUACAUGUAGCAGUGAAAAUUGUAAAAAAUGUAGGUCGAUACCGUGAAGCAGCUCGUUCAGAAAUCCAAGUAUUGGAGCAUUUAAAUAGUACUGAUCCCAAUAGUGUCUUCCGAUGUGUCCAGAUGCUAGAAUGGUUUGAUCAUCAUGGUCAUGUUUGUAUUGUGUUUGAACUACUGGGACUUAGUACCUAUGAUUUCAUUAAAGAAAAUAGCUUUCUACCAUUUCAAAUUGACCACAUCAGGCAGAUGGCGUAUCAGAUCUGCCAGUCUAUAAAUUUUUUGCAUCAUAAUAAAUUAACCCAUACAGAUCUGAAGCCUGAAAAUAUUUUAUUUGUGAAGUCUGACUAUGUAGUCAAAUAUAAUUCUAAAAUGAAACGUGAUGAACGCACACUGAAAAACACAGAUAUCAAAGUUGUUGACUUUGGAAGUGCAACGUACGAUGAUGAACAUCAUAGUACUUUGGUAUCUACACGGCAUUACAGAGCUCCAGAGGUCAUUCUGGCUUUAGGUUGGUCCCAGCCUUGUGAUGUUUGGAGCAUAGGUUGCAUUCUUAUUGAAUAUUACCUUGGUUUCACAGUCUUUCAGACUCAUGAUAGUAAAGAGCACCUGGCAAUGAUGGAACGAAUAUUAGGACCCAUACCGGCACACAUGAUUCAGAAAACAAGAAAGCGCAAGUAUUUCCACCAUAACCAGCUAGACUGGGAUGAACACAGUUCCGCCGGCCGAUAUGUUAGGAGACGCUGCAAACCAUUAAAGGAAUUUAUGCUUUGUCAUGAUGAAGAACAUGAGAAACUGUUUGACCUGGUACGAAGAAUGUUAGAAUACGACCCAGUGAAAAGAAUCACCUUGGAUGAAGCCUUGCAGCAUCCUUUCUUUGACUUAUUAAACAAGAAAUGAAAUGGAAAUCAGUGGUCUUACUAUAUACUUCUCUAGAAGAGAUUACUUAAGACUGUGUCAGUCAACUCUAAACAUUCUAAUAUUUUUGUAAACAUUAAAUUAUUUUGUACAGUUAAAUGUAAAUAUUGUAUGUUUUGUAUCAAUAGCAUAAUUACCUUGUUAAGCAAGUAUGGUCUUGAUAAUGAACUAUAAAAGUUAAAGUUAAUUUUCCUUUUUGAGAUUAAUUACCAUUUUUAAAGAUCUUUGGAAUAUUCUUUGUGUCCAGUGAUAAAUGUGAUUGAUCUUGUCUUUUGUACAUGGAGGUCAGCUCUUUGAAGUGAUUUUUUUUGAGUAAAAGAAAACCUUGACUAC